UUUAUUUGCUUAAAUUAGCUUCGACCAAUGGAGUUUGAUUAAACAAAUAGAGCUGCACUGUUUGACUUUGUAAAUCACUUCACUGUACUGUAUAUUACACGCUACCCACAACAGUUUUUGGAUUGUGUCUGAAAUCGAAUCAAAUUUAGCUUUAAACGUUAAAUGCAAAGCGAAUCAAAGACAUUAUGUAUAGGUAUAUUUUCCUUAUAGGUGCACUCAAUGCGAUUUGCCACUGCUUGGAAAAUGGAUUGGCCCGGACUCCUCCAAUGGGUUGGUUGUCCUGGGAGCGGUUUCGAUGCAACACAGACUGUGCAAAUGAUCCCGACAAUUGCAUAAGUGAGCGACUAUUUCAAGUAAUGGCUGAUCUGCUCGUUACGGAGGGCUAUGCUUCAGUGGGUUAUGAGUAUGUGAAUAUUGACGACUGCUGGCUGGAGAGGCGCCGCGACAUAGAUGGCAAGCUCUUAGCCGAUCACAAGCGAUUUCCUAGUGGCAUAAAAGCCUUAUCAGAUUACAUUCAUUCGAGAGGCUUAAAAUUCGGCAUUUAUGAGGACUAUGGCAACUUCACAUGCGCUGGUUAUCCCGGCAUCAUUGGCUAUGAGGAAACCGAUGCGCUUCAGUUUGCCGAAUGGGAUGUCGAUUAUGUGAAAUUGGAUGGCUGCUAUGCCUUGCCCUAUGACAUGGAUCGAGGGUAUACGCAGUUCGGCAGAUUUCUGAAUAGGACUGGAAAGGCAAUGGUCUACUCGUGCAGCUGGCCCGUUUAUCAGAUCUAUGCGGGCAUCCAGCCCAAUUUUUCGGCUAUUCAAACGCAUUGCAAUCUCUGGAGGAACUUCGAUGAUAUUCAAGAUUCGUGGGCAUCGGUUGAAAAUAUUAUUGAUUACUAUGGAAAUAAUCAGGAUUUGAUAGCGCCUAACGCCGGACCCGGGCACUGGAAUGAUCCUGAUAUGUUAAUAAUCGGAAACUUUGGUCUCAGCUACGAACAGGCAAAAACCCAAUUCGCAAUUUGGUCAAUUUUAGCAGCUCCUCUUUUAAUGUCAGUGGACUUAAGGACAAUUCGACCAGAGUUUAAAGAAAUUUUACUCAACCGCAAGAUCAUUUCUGUGGAUCAGGAUCCGUUGGGAAUACAAGGCCGAAGAAUCUAUAAGCAUAAGGGAAUUGAAAUUUGGUCAAAGCCGAUAAGUCCAGUAUAUCAGAAUUUCUACUCCUACGCGCUCGCCUUCAUAAAUAGACGAACCGAUGGUACACCCUCUGAUAUUUCAGUUACACUAAAGGAAUUGGGUCUUAUCAAUAAUUAUGGAUAUCGGGUUGAGGAUCUUUAUGAGAAUAUUAACUAUGGUAUAUUGUUUCCGAAAACUAAAAUCAAGGUUAAGGUAAAUCCUUCGGGAGUAGUUAUGUUGAAGGGCGAAACUCAAAAUAUAAACCAGUUUUAGCUUGUUUG